UAUUAGUCUUGGAACAGUUCUGCCAUACCAUAUUGACCCUAGAGGUGCUUCUUGUUGUUUCAAAAUCUAGACAAGAAAAGAUCCAUUCUUUGGCUUGGUAGGAAAUAUAUACCGGUUACGUUUCUUGUUGCAACUUAAGGAGUGUGCUAUAAGUUUUCAUGAGGUUCAAAGUUUGGCUUUGAUGAGAAAGCUCUAACCUGAGUUUUGUGUUAGAAAAGCAAAGUUGUAAUUGCUUUUCCUGUCACAAGAUUGGAGAUUUCAUUAGCUUUUCUUGAUAAAGAGCCGAUUGUUUCUGUGAAAGCUAUCUUGGUUCUUUCUGCUUCAUUUUCCCAAAGGCUGGUUGUGAAACGAAAACGCUGUGUUCAAAGGUGUAAAGAAGAGAAGCUGUUUGGUUAGUGUGUGUGAAACAACUACUAGUGAAAUUUAUGGAGAUGGAUGGAAGGAGCUUCUCAGAGUUAUACAGAAACACAAGCGAAGAGUUGUUCAUAAAGACCAUGAUGGAGAGCUCGGUUGGAAUGCCAGCUCCAACUAUGGAGAUGUUGGGGUUUAAGAAUCUGACUCAAAAUUUUCGAACUGAUAGUGAGGAACUCUUCAAGAGCUGGCUUACAAGCGGAGAGAACAAUGGUUGCCAUUCAACAGGCACAGGGACUCGUCCUCGACAAGCAUCAAAAAGGAUCUCUACUGAACUAGCGAGUUUAACUAAUCAAAAUACGGCUGCAAUUCAGAAGAAACCAAAUGAUAACAUUCCAUUUCCACAAUCUACUUCUUUGGCUGCUGAUUCUUCAAAUGAUCUAGAUUCAACCAGGAUGUUGCAGGCUAGUAAUCUGUUUCUGGCAAAGGCAUGGUUUCACAGUCCUCAACCGAUGACUAGAAGUCGGUCGUCUGAGUUAAGGAGGAGAUAUGUUGCUAUGCAAAACUCACAAACACCAAACAACUACAAACAAGAACCUGCAGAUGCAAACGGAUUCAAUGACAUUUCAACAUAUGAAAAUCCCAACCGAUUCAAUCCAUUUCUCUCUCCAUCUAAUUCAGCUUCAUCGACUUUUGAUAAUCCACAAGUUGGGGAUUUGGAUAAGAUUUCUUCGGUUGUGAGCAUGCUGAAGGGUACCUUGGAGCGCAAAAAGCUUGUUCACCAAGUGGGGAAAGAAGUUAUUGAUGACAGUUCUCUUGACUACUAUAGUCCCGGAGAAGUAGUUUUGGGCAAUACUAGCUUAAACCAGAGCCAACAAAUUCAUGCAUAUGAAAAUCAGGGAACUUUUCCAGAUUUAUCCACACUUGGAGUUACAGAAACCCGAGUUCUACAAACGAUUGAAGAGUCAUUAAUGGAAGGUAUUAUGGGUCCUCAGAACCCAACCCAAAUGAGCACAAUAUCACGGGAGCCAUCUCAAAGCGAAUCCUCAGCUGCUCCACCUGUAGUUUCAAAUGGUUUUGAUAUGUCUGAUGAUCCUUACUUUUCAGCUCAAGCUCCUACUGUUUGUGAGAGCUCUAGGAAUCAAAUGGGAAGCGGAAGGAGUCCAGAAGAUUCUUUAAGAACUAAAGGUGUGAGGGAACAUAUACAUGAUAACUCAAGAGAAGAUCAGAAGCAGAAAGGAGGUUUAAUACGAUAUGGAUCUGCAACAUCAGCUGGUUCAGCUGACAGAGGAGAUCCAACAAAAAAGCGUAGGGUGGAGCGAUCAAGAAAGAUGGCGGAAGCUAAGGAAAGAAGUUCAACACCUGCAGUUGCUUCAGAUAUGCAAGCCAUUUUGAAGCGGUGUGAGAAUCUUGAGAAGGAAGUGCGUUCACUCAAACUUAACUUGGCCUUCAUGAAUAGAAAGGAUUCUGAACAGACUAAGCAAAUAGAAGAACUUCAGAAACAGAACCAGGAGUUGGCAGACGAAAAGGAGCGACUUCUUGAAGAGAUUGAGAGGAUACUUGCAGAAACUGGAAAGAUGUGACUAUUUUAGCAUUCUCACAAUCUUUCCACCACUGCAACCCUUCUAACAUUAUACUCUACAGUCUUGGAAGGCUUCUAACAUCAGAAAUUGUUUCUCAUGUUUAUCGUCGUGUAAGAAUGCCAUUGUUCUUGUGCAA